AUGCGUCCACGGAACAGUUCGGAAUUCUUUUUCAAAUAUGUUGUGCUAUCUUCCAAACACUGUGAUGGAUAUAGCAUGUACCCAACUAAUGUGACCUAUCAAUGGAAUUCAAGAGAUGUCGGUCCAAAGCAAGACCUAGUGGGUCCUUUAAAGGAGGCACUCAAGGGGACAGAUGUAAAAUUUGGGAUCUACCAUGCCAUGAUAGAAUGGUUUAACCCAAUAUGGCUCACGGAUCAAAAGAAUAAUUUCACCACUCAGAGAUAUGUCAAGGAUUAUAUACAUCCCCAGCUUUAUGAGAUUAUCAACACUUACCAGCCAGAUGUCCUGUGGAAUGACGCCUGCUGGUUAGCUCCCAGUUGGUAUUGGAACUCUACAAUAUUCUUAGCUUGGUUGUACAACAAGAGUCCAGUGAAAGACACUAUUGUGGUAAAUGACAGAUGGGGAUAUGACUGCUUCUGCAAGCAUGGAGGGAUAUGGACAUGUUCUGACCGUUUCCAUCCGGGUCGUGUUAUGCCACAUAAAUGGGUGAAUGCCAUGACAAUCGACAGAUACUCCUGGGGGUACAGGAGAGACGCUGAUCUGAGCCAGUAUUACUCCAUAGAAGAACUCUUAGAGGAAGUGGUUUACACCAUCAGCUUUGGAGGGAACAUCUUGAUUAAUGCUGGGCCAACAUCAUGGGGGACCUUUGACCCAAUUUAUGAGGAAAGAUUCCGUCAGUUGGGGUCAUGGUUAAAGGUCAAUGGAGAAGCUAUUUAUAAAUCAACGCCUUGGACUCAUCAGAGUGACACAGUGACAAAAAGAGCGUGGUACACAGCGUCCAAGUCAGAAAAGAAGGUUGUUUACUGCAUUCUGUUGGAUUGGCCGUAUGAGAACGAGGUGAUCCUGGGAGCGUUGAAGGACAUGCCCGUUUCCGAGAUCACACUGCUUGGGUCAGAUGCAGUGGUGUAUUUUACUGAAGAGUCACGUGGUGUUAGAGUUCUAUUUCCCGCCCUUAGUGUCCGUAAGAUGCCAUGUGAGUGGGCAUGGACUUUGAAGGUUAUACUAAAAUAAUAAAUUUUUAGACGUGAUACACACUUUUACUGUACUUAAUUAUCCAUAUGCUGUCCUCAUAUUAAAGAGAUUUUUUGUGUAUUAUUAUAUAUGUUUUUAUACAGUAUAUAUGGUUAGUGUUCAACAAAUGUAUUUAGUUCCUCCAACAUACUGCUUUUAUUGUUCUUUGUAUUCACUAUGUAUAUCCAGUUUCUAUAAAUAAAUUAUUUUUUUUGUGAUGAAAUUCUGAUCCUGGUGGAUGUUUGGCAUAUAUUUUACUAAAUGUUUUAUCCUGCAAUAUUUUUGGCUUUUAUAUAUUGGUGAAAUUUGUUAUCUCACCAAUUAAUUGACUUUUAGUUUGGUGUAAUUUUGAUCCGCCAGUUUUUGAGUUUUGGUGACGUUUUGAUCCUACUGAACGGUUUUUAUAUUAGAGGAAUUUUUAUCUGACCAUGUGUUUUGCCUUUAUACGGGAUUUAUAAAUUGAUAAAAUAUUAAACCACUUUGGAAUAUUUCUUCUUGCCUAUAUAGGUUCACUGUCUUGAAAUAUACAUGAUAUUUAAAAGGAGGUAAGAAAACGUGAUCGAGCCCUCAUCAUGCUUUCGACCCAAGCUGAAAUAUCACUUAAUUUGUUAAUCCUACAAUGUGGUUUUAUGGUAUAUCCCGAAAAUUUGCCAUUUUACAUUAGAAAAUAAGCAUAGAAGUGUCACAUUGGCAGAGGUGUCUUAUUAUGUCACGACAUAAACUUUGAAAAACACAUCAAGCUCGUCAUAGUAAUAUAAACUCGCAGAAUAUAGCUGGUCAGUAAAAGGAUCUUUGCAGGGUAAAUAUACAUAUGAUGCAUAUGUACAUUUACAAGAAAGGUCUGUAUUACUAAAUUGUGUGGAUCUGUAAUAAUAAUGUUAGCUUGUUUAGUCAUAUCUCUUAUACUGAGGACAUGAGAUCUUGUACUGUACUCUUGAGAUUUGUGAUUUACGCCAACGAUGUCCAUUUCAUCUUUUAUUAUAAUGCAUGUUUGAUAUUUAAUUCUUUUUAAUCAUAAACGAUUUAACUAAAAGUACCUGUUUUUUAUACGGCCGUCGAAGACGGAACGUAUUAUGGUAUGGCGUCAUCCGUCUGUCUGUCUGGACCUUGUGGGCAAGAUACAGACUGCACCAUAAGCCCUAGGACUUUACAACUUGGUACAUUUGAUCACCAUGAUGAGAGGAAGAUGCCUAUUGUUUUUCAAGGUCAGAGGUCAAAGGUCAAGGUCAUAGUAUCACUUUUUAGGAAAACCUUGUGGGCAGGAUACAAACCGAACCGUAAGCUCCAGUAUAUUAUAACUUGGUAUAUUUGAUCACCAUGAUGAGAGGAAGAUGCCUAUUGUUUUUCAAGGUCAGAAGUCAAAGGUCAAGGUCGUAGUAUCACUUUUUAGGAAAACCUUGUGGGCAGGAUACAAACCGAACCGUAAGCUCCAGGAUAUUAUAACUUGGUAUAUUUGAUCAUCAUGAUGAGAGGAAGGUGCCUAUUGUUUUUCAAGGUCAGAGGUCAAGGUCGUAGUAUCACUUAUUAGGAAACCUUGUGGGCAGGAUACAAACCGAACUGUAAGCUCCUGGAUAUUAUAUCUUGGUAUAUAUGAUGAGAGGAAGAUGCCGAUUGUUUUUCAAGGUCAAAGGUCAAGGUCUUAGUAUCACUUUUUAGGAAAGCCUUGUGGGCAGGUAUACUGUACCUGUACUUAUACUUUAGCACUAACUGUUUCAAGCAAAGGUGUGUGGUAUAUUAGCAUAUUUAUGAAGUAGCGCAUUCUAAGGCUAUCCCUCUUUAUAUCUUGAUAUCCAUUUCUACAAGCAUAAUAAUGAAUUAGCUCACAGAGGACAGUGCUAACUUCACUAAAAUAUGAAUCCCACUAAAAUAUGUUUUCCUUGAGCAAAAUCUACGGGCGUAUUAUGCCACGUUGGCGUUGCUCUUGUUUUCUAGUUUUAAUAUCAAUUUUGUAUGUAUCUGUAAAAUUAUAUAGGAAAAGGUUUUUCUUAGAAAAUGAUUAGAAAACUAGGACAUAUAUGAAAUAAGCCUAUCUCAAACAUGUUGAUUCUCAAUAAUACUCAUGUUUUUAUGGUCUCGUUUUGGGUAGUUCUUAUUUGUAUGUAAAUUAACUGUGAUAUUUUCACGUUUUAAAAUAAUUAUAUGUUCUUGAUAUGUAUAUAUGUUAAACACAGGACCACAAUGUAAACUAGUUUGUAUAAUUUUCGCAAUCCUGUGUAAAUAAAAGAAAUUAUCAUUGUUAUUUUUUUUCCAAUUUUGAGAGAAAAUACUGAUUUAGAUAGAAAUUUUUAGGGAUGUCAACGAGUACUCAACUAUCGCUUGGUCAUACCGAUCAUUGACUACAUUUUUCAUAAUCGAGUACUCGUAAAAAUAGCUUUUUAGUAAUUUUCAUAAAUUCUUCAGUGUUUUUGUGAGUAAAAAUGAUAAAAAUUUGAUGGUCCAGGAAUGAAAACCGCUUUCUUGGCAUGCCACAGUGCCUUCAGAGAGAAAUUUUUCAUUGUCUGGAGAAUUGGUGACAAAACUUGGAAAAAGGCUCUUGUCCAAUAUUGUCGACCAAAUAAUUUUUUUUUUUUGGAUCAAGAAUAAUUCAAUCGUACAUUGGAAAGUCCUUGUAAAUCUGUUUAUGCCUAAUUAAGUGCAAUUUGAUUGCUGCUUGUACAACAUUUCAUUAUCAAAAUAAAAAUUACCAUUUAUUUAC